AUGUACAUUCUCUCUUAUCUUAAUAUAUUAUUGGCUACGUCAUCGCUUGUUGCGGCAGGAUGCUCAGUCUGUCCUUUUUACAGCGGAAGAUGUACUGCACCAGACGGCUCAGGCUGUAGGAAGGGCGAAGUUAAAUUUCAAUACGUUGCUGCGCAAAAUUACUGUUGUCGCGAAAAGGGAUUUGAAACUGUUCAGUGUUGGAACGCCUGCUAA